UCUGGUCUGAGGAGCUCGGAGCUGGGAUGGUGGCGGAGGAGAUCGUGGUGUCCCUCUCAGGUGGGGCCCCCUGGGGCUUCAGGCUGCAGGGGGGGGCCGAGCACCAGAAGCCUCUACAGGUGGCCAAGGUUCGCAGACGUAGCAAAGCGUGUCGAGCUGGACUGAAGGAGCAUGAUGAGCUGGUUGCCAUUGACGACCACAUGUGUGCAGAACUCAGUCAUGCCCAGGCCAUGAGCCUCCUGGACACACAGUGCACCACACUCAACCUGAGGGUGAAGAGGACGCCGCCUGGAUUUCACUCCUCAUCCUGCUCGGGUCGUUCUGUAUCGCCCCACUCCCUCAUGAGGGCCCUGUCUCCGCCCCUGGAUGCCCUACAGCCCCCCCACCACCAUGGGGCGCCCACAGGCAUCACCUCCCCCCCAGACAGCGAGGCGUAUUAUGGAGAAACAGACAGUGACGCAGACACACAGUCCCAACCACACCGCCGCCAACGCCGAACGCCUCCUCAUGCACGGUCACCUGCACGAUAUGACAACCAAGAAGAGGAGGAGGAAACUUCAGAGAUGAGCGGGUAUGAAAGCGCCACAGACGCCACCGUCACCCUUCAGAGGCAGUGGGAGGGUCAAACCCCCGUCGGCGUCCCCCGUAGAGAGCUCAUCUACCAGCCCCUGCAGACAGAGUGGGAAACACCGGCCCACACCCCCCACACCCUCACCCCCCACUCCCUGACCCCGACCCCGGACCAGGGCCUGGCGGAGGCAGAGGGGGAAGGAGACAGCGGCUUCCAGGAGGCAGGGGGCUGCGUGGGGCUCACCUGCCCCCCGUUGGUGUCUCCUGAGCGGGCAAAGGAGGCUCUGCUGCUGGGCUCUGGGAAGCAGCUGGUGCCCAUGGUUGGGCCACAGCAGACACCGCUCAGCGAUGAACUGACCACCACCUACAUGGACAAAGCACGACAAGCAAAGCUCCAGCGUGGGGAGAGUCUGGUGGAAAAACAAGUGAAAGAAGCUCGCACUAAAUGCAGAUCUAUCGCCUCUCUGCUGACGGAUGCUCCCAACCCCAACUCUAAAGGGGUGCUUAUGUUCAAGAAACGCCGCCAGAGAGCCAAGAAGUACACGCUGACCUGCUUCGGCAAAGCUGAGGGCGACCGAGGGGGGGACACAGAAGGGGAGACGGGAGGGGAGACCGAGGAGGAAGGAGGAAGUUCCAUUCUGAGUGGCUCCGAAGUUGACGAGGAGGGAUUUUCGGCGUCUUUUGACCCCACGUGGGAUAGCGGUUACUUGGACCUGCUGGACAGGAGGAGCUCCGCCUGCCCGUCCACCACGCCGACCACUCCAACUACUCCGACAGCCAAUCACAGCCCAGGCCUGGACUUAUCUUCGACCUGUCAGACUCCAGGACUUUUGGGUUCCGUCAAUCAAAGCCCCAGAUUGGAGGCUCCGGUCGUCUCGGCCUAUCAGGGCGUAAAGCUGGAGAACGGCACCACGAAGCAGCCGAUCGCCACCUUUAACCCUGCGCAUAUGUCUCCUCCAGCUCUGGCUCUGUCCAAUGGGGGGUCUGUCGCUGUCAGCCGGGCGAGCGUCGUCCUCAGCCCGCCCCCUCCCAGUCAAAACGGCAACGCCAAUCUAAAUCCCAACCCUAAUGUCACGGACUCAGACCUGAACAGCAGCUUCGGUCCAAACCUCGGCGUUCUGAACCGCACCGCCCGCCCCUUCGCCCCCGGUUCGACCUCCUCACGAGGAACCGUGACCUCUGUCAUGUUCCGGCCCCCCCAACCAAAACCCCUAAUCACACCAGCCAAACCUGUGGCAGCUGUUUCCAUGGUGACCAUCUCACCUACUUGCCACUCGUCAAGCCCGGAUGCGAAAAGAGCCGUGUCUAGCACCUCCUUGUACAUCCCUCCGAGAAAUAACAACUCAUCUGAUCACACCCCCCCCUCUGUCCACUCACCCCCCUCCUCUCUGUCAUCCACAUCUUUGUCUCAGUCCACCACAAACCCACCCACGUGUCCUCCCCAGGCCUCCAUACACGCUUCACCUGCUCAGCCCUUCUAUCCUCCACCCCCACAUCCACUGACCUCUCAACCUGCCCCCAACUAUCCAUAUCUGUCGACUGGCAUGGCCCCUCCCACCCCUCAGCCGCAUCUCCCUGAACCGGUCCAGGUGUCCACGCAGCCUCCUCCGUCUCCGUCCGUCAACCCUUACAUCAACAUGACAGGUGCGGUGACUCCUGGUCCCCACGCUUCCAUGGCAACCGCAUCUCCUACCCCAGAUUCCCUGGCAACACGCGAGCAACGCAUCUCAGUCCCCGCCGCUCGCACCGGCAUCCUCAACGAUGCCCGUCGCCGUAGCAACAAGAAGCCAAUGUUCUGCGCCGUACAAAACAGGGAUGUGUCGCCAAACCCGGCUUUGCUGUCGAUGGUCCAGAACAUGGAUGACCACUUCGUGAGGGGCUCAGGGGCCGGACCGAGCGGGGAUACCGGGCACGAGUCGGGGCCUGAGGAAGACUGGCUGAGAUUAGGAGCUGAAGCUUGCAACUUCAUGCAGGCUCAGCGGGGCUCCAAACCGCCCCCUGUGGCCCCCAAACCCCAGGCUCCGCAGGUGCCGCAGUUCGCAGGAAAAGGAGGUCAGCUGUUCGCCCGGAGGCAAAGCAGGAUGGAUCGCUACGUGGUUGAGCGGUCGCCCUCAGUCGCCGCAGCUCCGUACUCCCCCGCCCAGACCCGAGAGCCCUCACCUACACCCUCCCUCCCUGCCACCUGGAAGUACUCGUCAAACAUUCGAGCUCCGCCUCCCAUCAGCUACAACCCCCUCCUCUCUCCCUCCUGCCCCCUGAAGGCUCAGAAGAAGACUAGCGCCCCCAAAUCUGCUGGAUCUAAAGGACAGAAGUCGGGCAUCAAACCUGUGGACGUUCUGAGCCACCAGCCCUACCAGCUCAACUCGUCUUUGUUCAGCUAUAGGGGCGGGGCUCCACAGGAUCCCUCCUAUCAGCAGCAGCAGCGAGGAAUGACAGGCAGCGUCCAGAAGACGGCGCGAGUGUACGAGGUGAAGCGUUUCUCCACGCCACCUCCGACCACGACGGGGCCGGCCCUAAAGGUCAUCGUCCCGCGGUCGGCCACCACGCUCGGCGAACCGCUGUGGCGCUCUGACCUCACGUCCCCGCCCCCCACGGCUCCCUACCAACCCCAGUGGGACUCCUCUCCUCUGUCCCCGCCCCCUCCUGCACCCAACGCCCCUCUCCCCCAGCUCCCCACCUUCUCCUCCGCCCACGGUCCAGUCCAACCCCCAACUUUCUCCCACCUCCAGCCCCCCGGGCCCCCACAGGCCAGCAGGCAGUUCAAGAGCACCCCAGACCUGAGUCCACUGGGGCCUUCAUGUGGGCCCCGGCAGGCGGCCUCCAACACCCAACCGUCCCGGGUCCCCAGGCCGAGGUUCAGCACCUCCAACCUGGGUCUGCAGCCCAGCGUCUGGCGUCCUGGCUCCACCCUGCACUGAAAGGUUACCGUUCAGACCUCAGACACAAGGGGCUGAUGGGAACAUGGAGGAUGAUUCACAUAAAUCUGUUUUCAGCACCGGUAAUGACGUUUUUAAGCGUUGCUGCUUUGAAAAACACCAGCCAAAUAUUUUAUCCUUAUAUCACUUUAGAUCGUCCACAUAUGUAACACAUUUUCUAACAUUUUGACUCAUUUAUGUGAUGUUGUUUUAGGGCCAUUAUGGGUAAAAUAAAUAAAGGUUUUUCGCAAAUUUUACUUCACAAUGUAUCGAGGGAAAAUGUCUUUCGACCAAACCAGUUCCACAUUCAGCCCAAUAUGGUUUCAAGUGGGUCAGACCAGUACAAUAAUAAAAGAAUAACAUAUAAAUAGUGUUAACUCCAAACUUUUCUUUAUGUUUUACACUGAAAAAAGUAAAA